GUCAAACAUGGCCCCCCUUCCUUCUGGGUGUGAGAGAAACGACAGCUCACAAAGGAAAGAAAUCUGUCAAAAAGAACGGCGCAGAUUUGGUUUGAACCCCGCAGCCUCGCGCCGACGAUCCUCCGUGUGACAUCCUUGGCAAGUGAGACACGGCCUCUGAACGAUGGCGUGCGCCAGGGACAGAAAGUGACCAAAGAACGGCCCCUCCGUUGUUGCACACCGUGCGUCCGGAUCCCCCCCCCCCACCUCCCCCAACAGUGAUCCUCCGCCCCCCGCCGCCAUGCUGAUCAACCCGGUGCUCGCGGAGUCGUCCGUGGUCCUGGCCGCGGUGCUGUGCGUCCACAUGGCGAUCUGGAACCAGCACACCUGGUGCUGCAUAGCCCUCUUCAUCCAGGCCUUCUACGUGCAGCACAAGUGGGACCGCCUGCUGAGGGGCGGCGGCGCCGUCUUCCAGUUCCGCCCCUCCGCCAACAGCGGCAUCGUGCCGGCCUCCAUGGUGAUGCCCCUGCUGGGCCUGGCGCUGAAAGAAAAGUGCUCCGCCGCGGGGAACGUCUACUUUGAGCGCUUCUCCAUCGUGGUCACCAUCACCGGCAUGAUGCUGGCCCUGUUCCUGUCGCUGAUCGCGCUGGGCAUCACCAGACCCGUGCCCACCAACACGUGCGUGAUCGCCGGCGUGGCCAGCAGCGCCAUCCUCUACACGGCGAAACAGACGCUGACGGUGUCCGAGGUCAUCGAGGUCCUGGAGGUGCUGCUGAUCUUCGUCUACCUCAGCCUGAUCGUGCUCUACCUGCUGCCGCGCUGCCUCACGCCCGGCGAGGCGCUCCUGGUCGUCGGCGGGAUCAGCUUCAUCGUCAACCAGCUCAUCAAGCGCUCCCUGAACCUGGCCGAGGUCAAAGGCGACCCGGUCAACUACUUCCUGCCGGUGGUGGUGGUGGGCUCGCUGCUGCUGGGCGUCUUCUUCGCCCUGCUCUUCUGCUUCAUGGAGUCCGAGACCUGGGUGUCGUCCCUCUUCUUUCACAUGAUGACGGCCGUCCUGGGCCUGGGGAUCCUCAUGCCGUGGCUCUCCCUGUUCAUCGGCCGGCACCCCAUCAUGUGGCUGCUGGACUUUGUCACGCUGAACGACCGGAGGCUCUGCCUGCUGGGCUACUGGGGGCUCCUGGCCGUCGUGGCCACUUGCGUCGUGCUGCACCAGAACUACCAGCGCCAGUCCGGCUCCAAGAAGCACCAGGCCUCCACGGUGGUCCGGAAGUACUUCCACCUGAUCGUGGUGGCCACGUACGUCCCGGGGCUGGUGUACGACCGGCAGCUGCUGCACGUGGCCUCCGUGGGCUGCCUGGCGGUCUUCCUCUUCCUGGAGUACGUGCGCUACUUUCGGAUCCGGCCGCUGGGCCAGCUGCUGCGGCAGCUGCUCACCUUGUUCCUGGACGAGCGGGACUCCGGGCCUCUCAUCCUGACCCACGUUUACCUGCUGGUGGGCGUGUCCCUGCCCAUCUGGCUGUUCCCCGGGCCCUGCGCCCCGAAGGGGGCGCUGCCGGGGGCCGGCGGCCUGGUGCCCUACGCGGGCGUGCUGGCCGUCGGCGUCGGAGACACUGUGGCGUCGGUGUUUGGCAGCACCAUGGGGGAGAUCCGUUGGCCCGGCACCAAGAAAACGGUGGAGGGCACGGCGACGUCCGUGUUCGCCCAGAUCAUCGCCGUGGCAAUGUUCCUCAUCUUCGACGGGAGCGUCAACCUGAACUCGUCGUACUCGUGGAUCGUCGGCUCCAUCACUCUGGUGGCCAUGCUGGAAGCCUACACCUCCCAGAUAGACAACCUCCUGCUGCCGCUCUACCUCUUCAUCCUGCUGAUGCUUUGACUGGACAAAAAAAAAAAAAAGUGCAAGAGUGGGGGGAAAAAAUGUGAUGGUCCUCAUUGUAAAAGAAUAGCUUAACCGAGCCGGUCGAUGCCCACGAGCCAAGCGGCACUCAAUAAACGGGCUCCUGACUCUGUGGCAGCAGGCAUGAUGUUAGCAUGACCGCAGCGUCUCCGGCACCUCGGAUGACGUAUGUUCGGUAUCCGUUGCUUUGAGGAAUGAGAUGAAUAUUUCAGAAGAACUUGCUGACAAAGAUGGGUAAGAGCUGCUAAUAUUCCUAAUAUUCCACCUUUUUUUUUUUUUUUUU